AUGUCGAACUCGCGCCCAUCCGAGCCCCCCACCGACGAAACCUUCAGCAAAUUGGCCGUCGGCGAUGUCGAAGCGAUAGGCGCGCACUGCCAAAUGACCUUCUGCCGGCAACUCGACUUCCUUCCCUUCAAAUGCGAGAGCUGUCAAGGCAAAUUUUGCUUAGACCACCGCACUGAGACGGCCCAUCAAUGUCCCAAAGCUGGCGAAUGGGCGAGGAGACGAGCAGAUGCCAAUCGCGGAGCCGCAUUACGAGGCUACACACCUUCGCCGAAGCCAAAUAUACUCACACAUGAGCAGCAGUGCUCGGAACGUUCUUGCAAGACGUUGAUCGAUACGCCGUUGGUGACGGCGGUGCAGUGUGACAAGUGCAAUUACAGAUACUGCCUCAAACAUCGACUCACCCACGAACAUAACUGCGCGAGCAUCACCCCGAAAGGUGCACGACCAAGCAACGGACCAACACAGAAAGAGAAGGGCUUAGCCGCGUUAGAAAAGCUGAGAGCAUGGGGCGCUUCAAAGACGGCCAGUCUCCCGCAGACCAAGGCGAAACAAUCCGCCGCAGCGUCAAUAGCCGCGACAGCAACUUUGAAGAAGACGGCGAAAGGGGAAGACAAGAUACCGCAGGAUAAGAGGAUAUAUCUCCAUGUGGAGGCCUCGUCAGAUACCAUCACUGCGAAGAUACCGAAAGGCAACUUCUUCUACAGCUCCGAAUACUCCAUAGGCCGCGUCCUCGACCUCGCCGCGAAGAGUCUACAGGUCCAGAACAUGAACAACCGGAGCGAGAGCGAGGAGGACAAGUUGAGAGUCUUCCACGUUGAAGGUGGGAGAUUACUGGAGUUUGGAGAGAAGCUGGGGCAGAGCGUGCAGACGGGAAAUACGAUUGUGCUGUUGAGGGGAGUGGGCGCGGGUAUGGCGAAGACGCCAGAGCAGACAAAGUGA